AUGGCCUCCUACGCUGCGGAACAACUCAAAGAAAAGGGCAACGCUGCUUUCCGGAAUGGAGAUUACCAAGAAGCAGAAGAUCUCUACACACAGGCUGUUCAGCGAUAUUCUCGGAAUCCACUCAUCUUUACGAAUCGGGCGAAUGUGAGGCUGAAAUUGCAGAAAUACGAUGCUGCUGUGAAUGAUUGUUUGAAGUCGAUUGAAAUUACGGGCGCGAGUGGGCAGAAUCACAAGGCAUUUUACUUCUUGGCCCAAGCACAACUCGCUCUUCAUCAUCCACAUGAAGCUCUCUCAUCAGCCUUGACAGCGUACGGCCAAGUUCUCCACCCAAGCCCAGCAGCAAAGAUCUCGCCACUGGACUUGCAGACAUUCUCUGCCUUUGUCUUGAAAUGCAAGAAAGCCAAGUUCUCCUUCCGUGAUCGCGAACGUCUCCGCCGGCAAGGCGAUAUGCGCGCCGAAUUCGAAGACAUGCUCGAAACAACCAAGCAAUCCGAACUUGUUACCAUCUCCCAGCUGCUCCAUUCCGGGCAACUCGGCCAAGUCGAAGCUUUUGAACGCAGCGAGGAAAUCAAGAACAACUUUGCCACGAAAUUCGCCACGCUCCGCAGUGUCUUUGAAGCUGCAGAUCCUAAGAAUUUCAAACCCAAGGAGAUACCGGAUCACUUGAUUGAUAUGAUCACUUUUGAGCCAAUGCAUGAUCCUGUUAUGACGAAAAAUGGACAUUCGUAUGAGAGGAGCACAAUCUUUGAGCAUUUAAAGAGAAGCUCAACUGAUCCGCUGACGAGGGAACCGUUGACGAUUGGGGAGUUGAGACCCAACUUUGGUCUGAAAGCGGCGUGCGACGAGUUCUGGGAGAGCGGUGCCAGUGAGUGGGUUGUCGAUUGGUGA